AUGUAUUAUCGGGAAGUAUCAACAAUCCCUUCUAAAGUUGAAAUAGCGUGCUACCUGAAGGCCAUCGAAACGCGGCCUGACUUCGCCGUGGCCUGGAGCAACCUAGGUUGCGUGUUCAACGCCCAAGGCGAGAUAUGGCUGGCCAUACACCACUUCGAGAAAGCCGUGGGGCUGGAUCCGAAUUUCCUGGAUGCGUACAUCAAUCUGGGGAACGUGCUGAAGGAGGCGAGGAUUUUUGAUCGGUGAGUGGAGUGUGAUUUAGAUGGGGUGGUAUAGGCGUCAACACAGCUAUGGUUUUUUAAAUUGUUGUUUAGUGGUGC